AUGGAGGAAAAGGAGCAAUCCGCUGGUGGCCAAGCAACCCAGGCAAAGCACAGGAUGCAGACUUUGCAGUACAAUCACAGAAUGAUGGACUUCCUCAAGCUGCAGUUGGACAGAGUGAAGGGGCUACAGAAACCCCCGUGUGCACAGCGUGAUGAUUGGGAGUCCUUCGAUCGGGCUGUCAAAACAGGACACAGGCUCUUGGACAAGCAUGAAUGUCCCUUUGACAUCAAAACCUUCUACAGGGUCGAUGUUGUGCUCAGUGCUGUUGGCAAGAUCUGUAGGUGUCUGAAAGCAAAGGCACAAGAUUGGCAGGUGGACAGCUGGAUGGAGCUAGAGGACCGCAUGCCCCAGGAUUACAUUGAUAGAGACAGGCAGUAUCUGCACAAACUGCUUGCCUACGUCCUGAAAGGCACAGAAAACGGUCUCGAUGAUGAGCUGCUAAAUCAAUGGCAGCCAAUCAAAUGCAGCCAUGAAGAGGAUAUGAGGUCCCUGGGAAUCGAAGUCAUCGCAGAAGAUGUCCUAUUGUUCAAGAGACUGUUAGGUCAGGGUGGGUAUGGUGCUGUGCAUGAAGCAGUCUGGAACUCCAAAACAGUGGCCGUGAAGAAACCGCUGAAUGAAAGUGGUGAUUUGCCCAUUGAGAUGUUUGCGAACACUGUCAAGGAGGUGAUGGUGCAUGCCAAGGCACGCCAUUCCAACGUCGUCCAAGUGCAUGCAACCACUCCUUCUGGGUGGCUGGUCAUGGAAUUGGCAGACAAAGACUUGAGGGCCUUGUGUCGUGGAAAGGGGCUCGAUUGGUGCAGUGCAAGGAAUGUCCUCUUGCAAGCAACGAAAGGGCUGUGCCACCUGCACUCACUUGAUCCAGCUGUUGUGCAUUCUGAUGUGAAGACUUCGAAUAUCCUCGUAUUUGGGGAGAAACCAAGCAACUGUACAGUGAAAGUGGCAGACUUUGGGCUUGCAGUCCUAGCAGGCAACAGUAGAAGCAGGUCAGCAAGAUUGGGCGGAGGAACCCUGGAGUGGAUGGCCCCGGAACUGUUUACAGCAAAACCCACAACGACUUCAUCAGACGUCUACAGCGUUGGGGUCGUAAUGUAUGAAGUCUUGACAGGGGAGCAUCCCUAUGGAACAGACAAAAUGGACCCAUUGUGUAGACUACCAGAAGUAAUGUUGUUCAAGAAGGUUUACGAAGGAGCAGAGCCUUGCAAAGUUGGACCAGAACACUGCCCUGGAGAUAUGCAGGCAUUCAUGAAACGGUGUAUCUCCGUCGAUCCAUCCAAGCGACCAAGUAUGGGAGAGAUCGUCGAGCACUUGCAACGGCUGCCGAUGCACUGGAAGUUCGCUUGCCAGCUCGCAGAUGAGAAUCAACUUCAUACUCAACAGAAGAGCAGUGAAAGAUAUGGUCCAGUAUCAAUGACUUUCAACCUGAAACUUGAGCGGCUUGACAUAUCAGAUGUACAGUGCAACACAGAAUUGCUGAGCUCCUGGAUGCGUGCAGCGCAAAAGCUUCUCAUGGGAUACAUGAAGUACUUUAAUGUCUAUGAUGUGGCUGUUGAGAUCAAAGAGGUGCAACCAGGAAGUGCAGUUUUCCCAAUUCAGAUUGAAUUCCCUGAUUCACGUUCUGCAGAGCUGUUUAAACAGCAGAUCCAUGAGGACAGUGCACUGUUAUUUCAAGCAGAUCUGGAGCUCCUUUUGCAACAACCCAGGUUAGAGCUGGGAUUGCACAGUGAGUGCUACAUUGCCGAUGACCAGGUUUCAGAACUGGAGGGCAAGGUGCACCAGGUCAUCAGUGAGAUUUCCAGGGUUGUCGAAAUGAAGUACAACUGCCAGCUGAUGAACUUUCUGCAAACCGAGAUAGGGCGACUGGCACGGUGUUCACUAAGAUUACCAAAUCAGCUGGCAAUGCCGAACUGGAAGGACGAUGCUGCAGUUGUGUUGCACAAUCUAAAGUUUGCCCUCUCUCUGCUGAAGCAGCACACUUUCAUUGACAUCAACAAUCUGCACAAGACCACAGACACCCAAUUGGCAGUUGAACGGAUAUUGGGCAACAUCUCCUCGUUUGCGUCCAAGUGGGGGUUCCAUGAUACUGAGCACCUCCAUGCUGCAGUCCCUGCCAAGCUUGUGCAGCGUGACAGAGAGAUCAUGCAACAAUGCUUGGGCUAUGUGUUUGCAGGCAACCCCUGGAGCCUUGAGGCCUUGGCCACGACUCAUAGACGAGAAUGGGAAACGGUGAGGCAAUGUUGCUCUGAGAAGAGACAGAAGCUUGAUGCGAUCGCCGAUGAGGAUGUCAAGUGGCAGAAUGUUAUUGCUGAAGAUGUGCAUCUUGCUGUUUGGAGGGAGACUCCAGUGGCAGUCCAACAGGUGAUUCCAGAAAGCCAGAAUGGGAUGGAUCUUGAAGGCUAUUUGAAGUUCUACACAUGGACGCUGAGUCGCACGAUCUUGGAUCCCGAGCAUGUGGUGAGGUCACUUGGAGUCACAAGAUCAGGUGCUGUGCUGAUGGAGCUGGCUGACAGCAACAUCAGCCACUGGUGUGCAGCCCAGCCAAGAACGUCUGGCAAAGGAAAUGAUGUGGCCACGAAAGUCAGGGUAUUGCUCCAGGCAGCAAAAGCAGUGCGUGCUGUCCAUCGCCUGGGCAUCAUAUAUGGAGACCUGAAAAGCAGCAAAUUCCUAGUGUUUAAAAAGAGCGGAAGUGAUGUUGUUGUGAAGAUUGCUCAGCUGAAGCUGACAGAGCCCUGGGAACGUGGUGAAGGGCCCUCUUGGACUGGGCAUUGGAUCGCCAAGGAGCUGUGCGAAGGCAGUGUGCCCAGCAGGGCCUCUGACGUAUUCAGCUUUGGCAUGAUCAUGUAUGAGAUCAUGAUGCAGGGGUUGCCUUAUGGACAUGAAGCAAUGGAAGCACAAAUAGUGGACUUGAAGCUGAAGGGGUUGGAUCCAUGCAUGGUCCCUAAAGAUGCCAGAGGGGAGUGGCCAAAUGGGUUCCUAGAGAUGAUGGAAAUGUGCUGCUCAUCGGAACCGGGGCGAAGACCCUCUAUGGAGAUGGUGUGCAGUUCUCUUGAGGCUCUGUCCAUUACACUGAAGGGGGUGUUUUCAGCGGCACUAGCAUCGGAUGGCGCGUUGAGUUGGCAUGUGCCUCCUCCAGUUGAAGAAGACGGAAUCAUAAUUUCCAAGACAAGCCAAUCCGUAGAGUUUGGUGUUGUGACGCCUGAGGAAGUGAUCAAAGCAAGGCCCGUAGAUUUUAGUCAUGCAUACAAGGGUUGCAGGAUGGCACUGUCCUGUGCCGCCCAUGACCAUUUUGUCAAGUUUGUGAAGCAGCUGCUGUGUGGACUGGGUGAGGAAGCUAGGGAUCAGUGGCUGCCAGUGGUAUUGGACAUUGCACGGAGCGCAGCGAAGUGCCUAGAUUUGUCGGCAGCCCGCACGACGUGGAUAGGAGAUCUAAGAGAAUAUGUCAAGGUGGAGUGCGUGCCUGGCAUGAGUGAGCCCAAGGAGAGCCACGUCAUCCAUGGCGUGGUGCUGCGGAAGAACAGGGCGAGCUGCCGGAUGCAGUCCAAGUUGUCCAAUCCGCGGCUGCUGCUGUUGUCAGGGCCACUAGAGUUUGAAACGUCAGCAACAACAAGGUUGCAGCUCAAAUCAGCAUAUCUCAGCAGGGGUAAGGAGUACCUGGAUGCUGUGGCAAGUAAGAUUGUCUCUUGUCGGCCAAAUGUGGUGCUUGUGGAGAAGAAUGUGGCAAGGGCUGCCAUCAAGAAGAUCGACGAGGAGGGCAUCACACUUGUAUACAAUGUGCAACUGCCCCAGCUGGAAAUGCUGGCACAAUGUACAGGGGCAGAGGUUGUAAACCUGAGAUCCAUCUCUGAGGUGAAGCAGAGCAGCUUGGGGCGCUGCGAGGAGUUUGUUUUGAUGGAAGUGAUACAGAAGCCCACUGCAGUGGAGGGCCGCAUGAAACGGACCGUCCUUCCCCCCCUCAUGAUCUUCAAAGGCUGCCAGGUGUCGUUGGUGUGCACGGCUGUGCUGUAUGGCGAUACGAUGGAGCAGCUGAACAAGCUGUCACAGGUGGUGAAACAAUCCAUCAUUGUGGCAUACCACAUGCGCCUUGAGUUGGCCUUCCUUGCUGAUGAGCUGUCAGUUGCAAGCUCAGCGAUGGCUGCUGUUGCAGAAGGUUUCCCUGUCGAUGCUGGCCUGGAUCUGUGGCGGGGCAUCGGGCAUGAGCUUGUGUGCAAGUCUGUGCGAGGCGUUGCAAAAUGGCGCUCCCGCAGACCCAUCCAUUCCCUGUCGCCACACGUAUCCGGUUGGUGGGCCUCAGAGGCGCGGCACCACAUCUCCCAAUCGAAAGACUAUGUCACGCCAGUGUUCGUGGGUCACAAGCACACAGUGGCGGAGGGCCAGGAUGCAACUGGGUGGGAUGAAGAUUCAGCAAACCCAUGGGGUGAUAAAAGUGACUCUGUUUGUGAUGAGAGGAGCAACAUGACAGAGGAGAAGAGAAGCAAGGCAGCUGAAAAGAGUGAACAAGGUGGUGAAUGGAGGCCAAAGAGGAGCAUGCGGAUGAGCAAGCCCAGCUUGUCAACUGGGUCCCAGAGGGCAUUGCAGGGUGGAGGUCAGGGAGAGGCGAAAAGCCCUGAGUGCAGGCCUUUGGCAGAGGGCGCCAAUGCUGAUGGGAUGGCGAUGGGCGAUGGGCAAGUAAUGUGGAUGUGUGAGCAGGUGGGUGAUUCUGGGGAGGCGUCGGCGAGUGGGAGGGUGCGGAGUAAGGUGCUGCAUGUGAUGGAGGAAUCCCUGAGAUUUACUUCUUCAAUCGCCAUCAGGAAUCAUCGCCGGGGGCUGAUGUGUGAGCCCCACCACCUGCACAGCAUCGACUUCUAUGACAGUGACACAGACUGGCCGCUCUCCAGAUUCCUAAUGUCCAUCGCAGCUGACUCAGAGAAGCACUGUCCACAUGGCUGUUGGGGUGGCAACUCCUCCCAUGUGCGCACCUUCCUGCAUGGCGGUAUGCGCAUCACCCUGUCAGUUGUGUCCUUGCCCCCCCACGAGGCGCUCCAGAAUUCGGGACAAGUUUGGUUCUGGGCCCGACCCAAGGGCCUCAGCAGGCAGCCCCUGACCUCAGUCCGGCGCGUUCCUCUGUCCCCUGACGCGAUGCGGCUGUCGUUCGGGGCGUUCCUGGACCUGUCGUGCAACUCCAACUUUCUGCAGGUCUUCAACCGGCAGCUGCACCUGGAAUUUGUGCGGUACUUUGGGUACGGCCGGACAGUGGUGUGCGUGUAUCAGGAUCGAUUCCAGCCGUACGAGCUGCACAUCCCUCCAUGGAACCUGUGCUACAACAAUGACAACCAGCUGUUGUGGAUAAUUGAAUGUGGCAAUGAGCUCAUGCAGGAAGCAAACGAGGCCUACACUGCAGUAGAGAAGGCCCUGCAGGUGUCGCAGGAGCAGGCGGGCGAUGGGCAGGCAUCACGUGAGAGCUAUGUGCCCAAUGCCAUUGUGAAGGACGUCCAUCAGGAGCACUCAGAAUUCACAGAGAAGCUGACGAGGGUCAUACGGCAUGCCAGGAAGGGCGGCGUGGACGAGCGCUCUAGCUUGGUGAACUUCGGGGAGGUGCUGCUCGACUGCGCCCUGGAGCUCAACGGCCUGCGCAAGGACCUCGCCGUCAACAUCCUGGCCUGGGCCAAGUUCCUGUCCAACCCCACGCAGCACCCGCUCACCGUCGAAGAUGGAGGCCUAGAGGCGAUCGAGACUGGGAGCAGCGGUGGGGAGAAGUCGGUGCGGGCUUCUACGCCGGAAGGAGAGCGCCUGGCGGCGUCGCACAGGCCGGGCAGCGCCGACGGCCGCUUAGAGAGCAGCAACGACCAGCCGGCCGGCAGCCAGGAGAGCGAGGAGGAUGAGGGCGGCUGGGUGCCGCUGCAGUCCCACUUCGCGGAGGCGUCCUUCCUGAUCCGGCCCUUCUCGCCGGACGGCGUGGGGAUCGACCAAGGACCGAGGCACAUUAGAAGUGGGGCCGCCGAUCCUUUCUUCCCGCGGGAGGAGCCGCUCGUGCACCAGCUCAACCGCCGGCUGGUAUUCGGAUGUCCGUCCUCGGGCUUGGCCAUCGGCGUGGAUGGCGAUCCGAACGGAGCGUCAGAACCCGUGCUAGAUUCGCCGAGGAAGCUCCAAGCCCUGGAGGUCAAGCUCAACAACUCGGCACCCCUCCUGUCCAGGCCCAGGGCGCACAAGUCGUCCGAGCCCGGCAUGGUGCCCCUCAGCGUGAGCCAGGUGUUCCCCAACGGCCGGUCGCUGAUCAGCGACGGCCAGUCCACCUCCAGGGGCGACGAAUUCGUGAUCCCAGUCUUUGAUGACGAGCCGGGCUCCAUCAUCGCCCACGUGCUGGCGUCCAACUCGUUUAGGAAAAAGCUGCAGCAGCAUGUCGUGGACCUGCAGGCCCUGCAGUGCCCGGCGGGGCAACGGGCGGAGUCCCCCCCUGACGAGCGUCGCGGCGGCUGGGGCGAAAAACCUCCAGUGGACUGUCCCCAAUGGGCCGGGUGCUGGGCCAGCGGGCCCCAAGCGGCCCCAAGGGUGCUGUUCAGCGACGCCGUGUACUGGUCCCCGGCGCACAUCGAGCAGAGCUUCGAGGACGACGAGCUGGAGACGCUGCCGCUCAGCAAGGCCAGGUUCGACGUGAUGGCGUACUUCGCCCCGCAGUUCGCCCAGCUGCGGAGCAGGUGCGUCCAGGGCGGGGAGACGUCGUUCAUCGUGAGCCUGUCAAGAUGCAAAAUGUAA